AUGAUAAGUAUUGACAUUAAAAAGGCAUUUGAUACUAUUAAUUGGGAUUUUACAAAUGAAAUGCUAAAUGGUCUUGGGUUUCCUGUCAAGAUGAUAAACAGGAUCAUGGCAUGUAUAUCUUCUCCAAAGUUCUCAAUUUCUUUAAAUGACUCAUUGCAUGGUUACUUCAAAGGGCAAAGAGGCUUAAGACAAUGUGAUCCUCUCUCACCUUACUUAUUCAUUUUGGAAAUGAAAUAUCUUUCUAGAAAUUUGGAUAUGCUUAAGGAGGACAGGUCUUUCAGAUAUCAUCCAAGGUGUUGUGAGCUUAAGAUCACUCAUCUAAUUUUUGCAGAUAACUUUCUUCUUUUUUCUAAUGAAGACUUACAUUCAGUGAGGAGGCUCUUCAAUUGUUUCAAAGAUUUCAGUGUUGUUGCUGGGCUGGAAGCUAACCCAGAGAAGUGCAAAAUUUUCUAUGGUGGUGUUGAUGAAGUUUUUAAAAGCACUGUAAACAACUACCUGUGUUUCUCAGUAGGUGCCCUACCUAUAAAAUAUCUUGGAGUUCCUAUGAUUUGUAGACUGCAGAUAAUCAAGAGUGUUAUUCUUGGUAUACAAAUCUAUUGGACAUCAAAUUAUCUCUUGUCAGUAAAAGUGCUUCAGAAAAUUGAUGAAAUGUGCAGGAACUUCUUGUGGGGAAAAUCUGAACAGAUUUUGAAAGUUAGAGACAAGGCUUUGGGAUUAUAUGGUGGUGCUGAUUCCAUGAAGCUACUCAUUCAAUCAUGCUAUAGGAAUUCAAAAAUUCAAAUAUCAGCUUUAUACAAUGCACUCUCCCCUGCUUCUUCUUCAGUGUCUUGGCAUAACAUUGUUUGGGAGACCAUCAACAACCCCAGGUAUCCUUUUGUUUGCUGGUUAGCAAUCCAGAAUCGAUUGCUCACUCAAGACAAACUUAUCAAUUGGGGGAUAGUGAACAAUAAUUGUUGUUGCCUGUGCAUGGGUACUGAGAGCAAAGAUCAUAUUUUCUUUGAGUUUGCUUUCUCGAGGGAUAUCUAG